GUCAGUGAAAGGAUUUCAUCAUCACAUCCACACACCACUCCUGAAGGAGCGGAAUAGUUGCCUGACAUGGAGACGACCAACCUACAGCGCAGCGACGAAAAACUACCCUACGUACAUGAGACCGUGGCCGUUGACUGCUACCUGUCUUCUUCUUAUGAGGAUCCCGAAUUCCUGACCUGGAAUGGGCCCAGCAUCCUAUCUCCGUGUACGCACCCCGAGGAUGUCUUUCGGUAUGCCUCUGCCAUGCUGUCAUACCCUGUGGAUUGGUUAGAAAUGCACCUUACGGUCGUCCAUAAGUACACGUUCGAAUCGGUCGCCAUCUCGCCAUUCUUCCUUCCGCGCGUGGAGUGCACCCUCGGCAACCUCAGACGGCUCCGCAGUCAGAUCUGGGAAGUAAUCCGUCCAUACAUGCGGACCAUCGAUCACGCAGAUUAUCGGUUUCAAAUGUUCGUGUGGCCAAGGGGCGAGCGGGAGCCGGAUAACUCAGGAAGAUUAGGAGUGUUUCCAGGGUCAAACACUAUCGAUCCUGCAAGAAUCCUGGAUCCAGAGCGUUUUGUUGAAAACAUCUCUUGCGGCUUCUAGUAUGGAGAGCAUACUGGGUUCUUCUUUAGCAUGCGAUAAGAGGUUCAAGGACCGAAUUUAGAAAGCCCGUAUUGCUUUAAGGGCUCAUGGUUUUCUUGCUCUAAGGCACCUCUUUCGUUUCCCUAGACGAAGUCACCCAUCUUCCCCCCUUCCGACAACUCGAGUCAGGGAAUCAGGCCCCAAUUUUUCUGGGCUACAGGCGGGCAAAAUAGCCCGACUGCAACAUAGUUUGACC